AUGAACAUGAAUCCCGCCUCUUCCUCAGACCCGCUUCAGAUAUCAAAGACAAGAGUUACCAAAGGUGAGGAACCUGCAGAACAGCAAGACUGUUUCACUUUCGAACCAACUCCAGAAAGGAGCCCUGUACCGAAUCAAGCGCCCGAGGCAAAUCCUAUCGCACCACAACGCCGAAAAGUGCCUACUCGGAAAUUGGGAAGACGCAGGAAUAAUUUGCCUCUGGUCAAACUGGACCGCAAGAAUCGCAGGCAUAAUUUGCCUCAGGACAAACUAAACCACAAGAACCGCAGGCAGAAUUCACCUCUGGACAGACUGGACCGCAAGAACCACAGGCAUAAUGUACUCUUGGACAAACUAGACCGCAAGAAAACAAGGCGUCAGAAAAUAGAAUGGAAGAAAACACUCCUGCUACAACAGUUUUCGAACGAAUUACGCAUUGCGAAGUCGGACCUGGAAACAUGCCAAAAGCAGGAGCAAGCACUGCGUCAGAGCGAAGCCCAUGCCUAUGCCCAGGCACGCGAAUUCGAAAACGCGCUUAAAACUGAGAAAAGCAUGCACACUCAAGCCGAGUCCCAGCUCUCUGCUGCACGGCAAGAAGCAUCAACACUUCGUCAGGCAGCAGUUAACGCCCAUGCUCAAGCAGUCCAGCUCGAAAAAGCGCUCGAUGAUGAGAGACACUUUCACGCUGAAACCGAGUCCAAGCUCUCUGCUACACAGCAAGAUGCAGAAGCAUUUUGUCAAUCAGCAGCCAACGCCCAUGCUCAAGCAGGCCAGUUCGAAAAAGUGCUUAAUGAUGAGAGACACUUUCACACCAAAACCAAGUCCGAGCUCUCUGGUGCACGACAAGAAGUAACAGCACUUCGCCAAGACCAAGUGAAAGCCCGUCAUGACCGAAACAUGAUGAGAAAGGAGAUGAAAGAGAAACAAGUCAUUCUUAACGAGGCAUUGGAGGAACGCGACAAGGCAAAGGAAAUGGCCGCCUCGACUCGUCAAGGGCAACUGAAAGCUAUUUCUGAGCUGAACAAAGCUAUGCGAUUGAACCAAGGGUCUGACCAGUCUACCGACUCACAAUUGGUCCAGAAGAUGGUUGGGCUCCGUAAUAACAUUCGUGAUUGGUCGUUAACCUAUUUUAUCACGGAAUCCGAAAACCUCCCAAGGCCUUCCAAUCAAGACAUGAAAAACCUGGACGAAAUUGGACUUGAAUCCGUUAUGCGCAAAGAUUUCCUUGAGAGAUCCCUGCAAGACUCAACAAUACGCCCAACAGUUGCUCGUUCGGUUCUCUGGGGGUUCCUUCAAAGAGACGUUUUCCGACAGUAUCUAUGGGUGAUGAAACCAUAUAGCAGGUGGGUGAGAGACACUCACCAAUACCUCUCAUCUAAGAUGAUGACAAAGUAUUCCCAAGAUUCUGAUGAGAAAUCUCAAAAGUUCAACAUUUGGCGGGCAAAUGGAAGUGCCAUGUUCUCUCAGGCACCAAGGCCAGGCCAGAAACGCGUGUUGAGAAAUCGCAUAAUCACCCAAUUGGUAACAACAACCAUACUCUUGUUGAAACCCCUUCUCGCAAGUCAAGAUCAGAAGGAUGCCGAGGACGAGUUAUACCAAAUCAUGGAUCAAGCCUUGGCCUUGGAUGAGGAGCUGUGCCGGCAGGUUGCAAAUCUCUCGGUCCGGUACCUAGAAAACUCUUUAGGCUUGGUGGGAGCUCACUUUAAUCCGCAAACGAUGACUACGGAGAUUGGUAGCAAGGAUGCUACAGCAGAAGAUGUUGUCUCAGUGGUUCUUGCCCCUGCCUUGGUCAAGCGAGGCAACUCAGCCGGCAACGAUUUUGACAAGCAGAUCAUACUGGUGCCGAUGGAGGUUACUUGCCAGCCUGCCGAGCCCAAGCCAGCUCCGCGCGCAAGUCCAAUCCUAGUCCAAACUUCAACUCCAAGCCCAGGGGCUUAG